GGCUGAAAUUUCAGGGCAAUUGACGCUUGCAUUCCUGUGGAAAACUGUGAUACGUCUCACAUAUGUCACUGCAUCGACGACUGCGACAAAUCCUGCACGCGUGACCGCAUAAAAAAGAGUGGCAGCCUUGCUGCACAGCAGCACAGCUGCACAGCCUAGCGCCGCGCGCAACCGAUGGCGCCCUGCCUCCUCGGCCGCGUGGCGACGGUCUACUUCGCCGUGGGCUCGCGGUCGCUGCAGAAGGCGUCGCGCUCGGCCGCUUCCAGCAAGCGCUUCGACGGCCUGCGGGCGAUGCUCGUGACCGACGACGCGACGGCGCGCAAGCUGCGGCUGCAAGCCGAGCAUCCAUUUGACAUAGUGGCGGUGGACGCGGGCGCGUCGCACGCGGCGGAGUUCGAGGCGACGCGGCCCGUGGCCGACCGGUCGUCGCUCUCGACGGCGGAGCGCUGGCGGAACCGCCGGGACCCGGCGAAUUUGGCGCUGCGACGGCUCCGCGCCGCGAAGAUCCGCGCCGUCGCGACGGCGCUGCAGCACUUCGACGUGGCGUUAUUGAUGGACGCCGACACGUACGUGUGCUCGAGCCUGCUGGAGGCGGCGUGCGCGGUUAGUGAAGGGCCCGUCGUCGCGUUCGUGCCCGUGGACCGGGGCCGCGAGCACGCGGCGAGCGUGCUCGCGCGGAGCGAGCGGUGGCGCGUGCCCGGGCACGCCGUCGAGGCGAACACGGGCGUCGUGGCCUGGCGCAACGCCACGGCGUCGCGGGCCCUGGUCGACGCCUGGCUGCGUGCCUACGGCGACCUCGCGGACGCGAGCGGCUUCCUCAUGGACCAGCCGGCGUUCCGCGCGGCGCUCCACGCGACGCGCGCGCCGCACGCGGCGCUGCCGCCGCGGUUCAACUGCCGGGGCCACGACCGGACGCGCCGCGCGGGCACGUCGGCGGUGCCCCUACGCUGCGCCGGCUACGACGCCGACGAGGCGGCCCACGGCGCCGUCGCGGCGCGGCUACGGGGUGGCGCGGGCUGCGCCGUCCUGCACUCGCACGACAUCCAGGAGCCCGGUCGAUGAUAACGUUUUCUUGUGUCUUAGUCUUCUUGGAGCUCCUA